AUGUACCUACCUGAAGCGGCAUAUGCGCGCCAGCGGAGUCAGUGGCAUUGUGCAUGGCGCAUAGUGGUGACGGGCCCCUGUAGCAGCCAGCGGCAGAGGCUCUGGUACAGGGCGGGUACCGCUGUGGUCGAUGGGGCGGAUCAAUGCCCGCCAACAUGGAACGUCGAAGCACCGGAGAGGUACAUACCUGACGAUCCAAUGUUGGGUAGCACUUGGGAGGCGCUGCAAGGAAGCACCGCUGGGGGCGCUGUGGGGAGAGCUCCAGGGCACUGUAGGGCUCCCAAAGGCCCCCAAGAGCUCUCGUGCUCAGCCAAGCAAGCGGCGCUAACGUCUGGCGUCAGUGGAGAUGAGGGAUGGGUGGAGCUGGGCAGCCGGUUUCCGCGGCUGCUGCUGAGACUUGCUGGUGGUGAAACGACGUCUCGGGACGUGGAGAUGAGCUGGGAGCAGCAGAUGGGCAAAUCAGCGCGCAAGGAACACGGAAGCAAUUACGGGUGCUACAGUCGAGCAGUUGAGCAUGUAGGUACUCGUGUCUGGAUGCGGAGAUACGGCACGGCUGAGGCCUAUCAGCGUCGUCAACAAUGGUCCAGGGGCAUCGGAAGGAAAAUUGCAGCGCAACGCAUCAAAUCAAAGCACGGAAGCGAGGACUCGUACUUGGAACAAAGUCCCAACGUAUCAAUGGACAUGUACAUGUGUCGACAUGUUCUCCCAUCGUCGACCCUUGGGAUGGGGCAGACGAGCCGGCAGCACUAG